UCCAUAAUAUGUUAAAGGAAGAUUUGUAAUCUAAUAUGUAAUUAAAUACAACAAUACUACAUAUACGUUCAAAGCAUUAAAAAUACAUUUAAGCAUCAAAAUUUUUAUUGCGAGAAAGUUUUGCAAAAAAAGGAUAAAUCACUCAAUUCUCUGGUAUUUAAAUUUGAAAUGCCUUUGGAUCAUAAAAGAGAAAAAAAGUCAACAAUGAUAUUUCAGACACCACUAUCGCCGUGUCCUAUUCCGGAUAUUAGUGAUGAAGAACUCGUGACAAUAUCUGUAAGGGAUUUAAACCGAACUCUCAAAUUGAGAGGUCUUACAAGAGAAGAAAUAAUACGUAUGAAACAAAGAAGGCGUACAUUGAAAAACCGAGGAUACGCUGCCAGUUGCCGUAUUAAACGUAUUGAGCAAAAGGAUGUUUUGGAAACUGAGAAAUCACAUGAAUGGAGGGGCUUGGAAAUGAUGAGAGAAGACAAUGAAUCAAUCAGAGUUGAGAUUGAGGCUUGGAGAAACAAAUAUGAUGCUCUCAAAAGAUUCGCAAUUGCUAAUAAAAUUCCCUUGCCCUCAGAUUUAGAAUCAUGCUAAAAAAAUAUUUUUUAAAAGUAAAUUAAAUUCAAAAGUAAACGCACUGAA